AUGGCUCGUGCUGCUGAUGUCGAGGAGCUCCUACAGCUGCUAACUGACAGUCCGGAUGGUUUUACUAACGAAGAUCUGGAAAAGAGUGGAUGGGACAAGCAAAAGCUUCUGCAGUGUUUGAACCCUCUAUUGCAGGCGGGUCGUGUUGAUAUCUCCAAGACGUCUGCUGGGAAGUUGCUCUAUACGGCAGUGCCAGCGGAGAUUGCACAGAAACUCAGAGGCUUGGACCAGACAUUCCGGAUGAUAUAUAAGCUCAUCAAAAUGGCAGGGACACAAGGGAUAUGGAAUAAGGACCUUGCCACUCGUGCUAAUAUGGAACAUAGGAUAGCUUCAGGCAGUGUGACUAAGAUAUGUUCACAAUUAGAGGCACGGCGGUUGAUCAAGAAGGUCACUUCUGUUCAACAUAAAUCUCGAAAGGUGUGGAUGUUGUACGAGUUGGAACCUAGCAAGGAGGUCAGCGGUGGUAACUGGUAUCGAGAUGGUCGUUUGGAUACGGACUUGAUAGAGCGACUCCGGCAGUGUUGCCUGGAUUACAUCACCAACCAGAAUCGGGCUGUGACUUGUGAAGAUGUUCAUCGAUAUGUUGUAUCACAAGGAGUCUCACACAUCACACACAGUGUCGAGGAGAUUGGUGAUGUGUUGCGCAGUCUGGAGCUCGAUAGAGUAAUCAUGGUAGUCCCCUCUACGGCGGGCGAGUCCAUUGCUAAGCAAUGUUACGUGUCCCGACCAGCCAAUUUGGGUUUGGACUAUAUAACACGUAUAGUAGAUGUCCCCUGUAUCGCUUGUCCUGUAUCUUCCGAGUGCGUAGUUGGAGGCCGAGUGAAUCCCGAAGAGUGCCUCUACCUCUCGAAGUGGCUCAAUCUCAGCGGCCAGAGUAGUGAGACUACGGAUAUAGAGGGAGGUCCGAGCUCAUCAGCCAAUGAGAGUGGAGGCUCGAAAGGCAUUGAGGUACGUGGGGGAGGAUCCCUCUCCCAUUAUUCCUUCUCCUGGAGGAGUACUCCGGUGAACCAUGAGAGGGUGGUGAGGGCCGAGGCUGAGGUGCUUCCGGACGUAACUGCAAAGACCACUUGCGAGCUGACGGAGUGGAAGCUGCUGGAAGAGCCUUAUGCGGAGAUGAUAGAGGAAACUGCCAAGGCGGGAUCUAGAGUCAUCUCGGGGAUCGAUGGCCUUUUUACGAUGUGGCAGGCCAAGUUGGAAGGUCGCAAGAAGAGGGAGCGGGGACAGAGGCUGUGUAAGUACAUCCGGAUGGGGGGCAUAGUGUUUGGGGAGGUUGAGCAAAUCGGAGAGAAUAUGAGUUUUUCGCGAGAGAAAGACUAG